AUGGGCGUCGUCGACGACGUGAUGCAAGCCAUCGAACAGAACAAAAAAGACGUCUCCCGUCGCGAACGCAUGAAAUACGCGUCCCCACCAGGCGUGCCCCAACCGCCAAUCGUCCCUGUGAUCGAACCCGGGAAGUUUGGGUUCGUGGAUAACGCGGAAACGAUGAACUCUCGAGCGUCGAUGAUUGGUUGGUGGAGUCUUCUGUUGGUGGAACUCGUGGCUGGGAAAGGCUUGUUGGAACUCCUCGGGUUUACCGUCGGGAAAGGGAUUAACUUUACUUUUUAA